AUGACAGUUAAUUCUGGUAAUUUUGAUUUUACAGACAACUCACACAGGAGAUUUAAUCCCUUAACGAAUUCAUGGGUGCUUGUAUCGCCGCACAGAGCAAAGCGACCAUGGAUGGGCCAACAAGAGGUCCCGUUCAGUCCGAACGAGCCAGAGUUCGAUGCUAAAUGCUAUUUAUGCCCAGGUAAUACGAGGGCCUCGGGUGAAAUAAAUCCUCAAUAUCCGUCAACCUUUAUAUUUCCCAACGACUUCCCUGCUGUGAAGCUGAACCAACCUAAUUUUAUUGAUGAUGGAAAAGAAAUGACUCUCAAGGAUAGAUUCAUGAGGGCGCAGCAAGUGGAGGGAAAGUGCUUCGUCAUUUGUUUUAGCCCCAAACACAACUUAACUAUUCCUCGUAUGAAAAUCGGCGAAUUGAAAAACGUCGUUGAUGCUUGGGCUAAACUUUAUUUGGAACUGGAAGCAGAAGCUAGAACGAAGGCCACUCCAUACAAAUAUUUGCAAAUAUUUGAAAACAAAGGAACUGCAAUGGGGUGCUCGAACUUGCACCCACACGGUCAGGCGUGGUGUUUGAGCACCAUUCCAGAUGAGGUCGAUAAAGAAUUUAGGUCAUUCGCCAAGUACUCGAAAGAGCACUCAAGUUGUUUGUUAGGGGAUUAUAUUGCACUUGAACUUGAAGAGCGCGACAGGAUUGUCUUGCAAAACGAUUCGUUCCUAGUCGUGGUCCCGUAUUGGGCUGUUUGGCCUUUCGAGACGCUAUUAAUGAGUAAGCAGCAUCUGUGCUCUCUCGCAGAUUUUAAUGAUCAGCAGAAAUUGGAGUUAGCUUCAAUAAUUAAGAAAUUGACAACAAAAUAUGACAAUCUGUUCGAAACUAGUUUUCCGUACUCAAUGGGCUUACACCAGGCUCCGUUAAAUGCAAUACAGCAAGCGAACAACAGUUCUUGGUUCCACAUGCAUUUUUAUCCUCCCCUCCUGAGGUCCGCAACUGUGCGGAAGUUCCUGGUUGGUUUCGAGUUGUUGGGGGAGCCACAGAGGGACCUAACCGCAGAACAAGCCGCCAAACGUCUCGCAGAUCUGGAAGAAGAAGUACAUUUUACUGAGAUCCGGUGA